UUACUAUCGGCGCACAUACUGCCUACAGCGCUGGCCAGGGAUUAGUUCAACGCUCCGAGGAGCGAGAGCUUGGACCGUUAUUUUUUCAACAUCCCCAUCUCUGAGGUAUCAAGGAUGCACCCCGGAAAGGUUCAGACUGUCUCCCGAAGUAAGAGAGGAGUUUUGGAUGUAAUUUUCGUAGUUUUGUUGGUUUCUGCGGUUCACUCUUAUAACAUCGACGCCGAGCACCCGUUAGUGUUCCGCGGACCUGAAGGGGCGUUCUUCGGGUUUUCCGUGCUACAGCACCACUACGACAAUAGCCGCUGGGUGCUGGUGGGCGCCCCCAAGGCUAACUCAACCUACAGUACCUCUGUACGGACCCCGGGAGCCGUCUACAAAUGCCGAAUACACAGCAACCCCGACCGCCGCUGUACAGAGAUGGACCUGGGCAGAGGGAACAAAAGGGAAGCCUGUGGGAAGACUUGCCAGGAGGACCGGGAUGAUGAGUGGAUGGGAAUUAGCUUGGCCCGGCAGGACAAACCCAAUGGAAGAGUGCUGGCCUGUGCGCACCGUUGGAAGAAUGUCUUCUAUGAGUCCGAGCAUAUCAUGCCCCACGGCUAUUGCUCAGUUAUCCCUCCCACACUUCAGGGCAGCACACGCUCACUCAUCCCCUGCUACGAGGACUAUAAGAAGACAUACGGGGAGGAGCACGGAUCGUGUCAGGCUGGGAUUGCUGGUGUCUUUACAGAGGAGUUGCUAGUGAUGGGCGCUCCGGGGUCGUACUACUGGACUGGAACAGUAAAGGCACUCAACUUGACUUCAGAUUCGUACUACUCUAUCAGUAAAGGCGCGGCCAGCUCUGAGCGAUACAGCUACCUCGGAUACGCUGUCACAGCUGGACACUUCUCCUCGGCUACGGCUACUGAUGUCGUUGCUGGGGCCCCUAGGGACGGAAACCAGGGAAAGGUUUACAUUUUCAAAAUAGAAGGGUUAUCUCUGGUGAAGAUUUUUCAAGCUUCAGGGAAAAUGAUGGGCUCUUACUUUGGCUCCUCAUUGUGUGCAGUUGACCUGAACCAGGACGGCCUGUCGGACCUGCUGGUGGGGGCACCGAUGCACAGUGAGGUCAGGGACGAGGGCCAGGUGGCCGUCUACCUGAACAGGGGCAACGGGUACAUGGAGGAGACCGGGGUCCUAACAGGGGACAGAGCUUACAACGGCCACUUUGGAGAGUGCAUCUCCAUGCUGGGUGACAUCGAUGAUGAUGGUUAUGAAGACGUGGCAGUUGGAGCUCCCAAGCAGGAUGACUACACUGGAGUAGUAUACAUUUACCAUGGUGACAAAAAUGGGAUUGUCAGCACUUACUCCAUGAAACUGACCGGUCGCAGCAUCCACCCUUCCCUACGCAUGUUUGGUCAGGCAAUCUCUGGUGGUGUGGACAUGGACCAGAACGGUUACCCAGAUGUGACUGUUGGAGCCUUCAUGUCUGACAGUGUGGUGUUACUCAGGUCGAGGCCUGUUAUUACUGUGGAUGUGUCCAUACUUCUGCCCCCAUCCAUCAACAUCACAGCACCGUCGUGCCAUGAUGGCCCUCAGCACCUGAAUUGCCUGAACGUCACCCUGUGCCUGAGUUUCCGAGGGCUGCAGGUACCAGGCCACAUUGAGUUGCUGUACAACUUGACAGCUGAUGUGGAGAAGCGGAGGAGAAGUCAGCCCACGAGAGUGUUAUUUGCACUUAACGGGGAGCUGAUUGGAGCUGUGAGUGAGAAGAUCCACCUGAGCAUCAAGCAGCCGGUGUGUCAGCCCUACGUGGCCUACGUCAAGAAAGAGGUGAAGGAUGUCUUCUCGCCCAUCGUGUUCGAAGCGGCCUACAGCCUCGGUCAGCACUUGCUGGGGGGGUCUGAGAGAGAGCUGCCCCCGCUGACCCCAGUGCUUCGCUGGAAGAAGGGCCACCGCAUUGCCCAGACCAACAUGGUGAGCACGCUGCCUACCCGCACUGCAACUUACAUCACUGUCCCCACAAUAUUCAAUAAAUGAAUGUUACAUUUAUAAAAUGCUUUUCAAGACACCCAAAGCAC